AUAAUAUUUUUUUGGUUGAAAACAAAGGAAAUUAAAGUUCGUUUUGACAGUUAAGCCAAUAGUUUUCUAUAUACAUUUGAACUCAUCUGUACGGUCUCUAUUUCGUCCCCGGUUUCCUUUUGGGAUUCAUUUUACAUGAAAACUCAUCAUAAAACGAUGAUUCAAGGUAGUUCCCAUUUUUUCCAUCUUCUUCUUCUUCUUCGUGUUGAACACUUUUUUUUAAAGUUUCGAAAAUUCACAGCACUUUCUUCAUAACAUCAUAGAUAAGUCGGUUCAAGACUGGCACACAAGGGACAGACACGGCCUUGACCACCACGUUGAAACCUUGAUCUCUAUAUAAAAUUGGUUUCGACUAACCAUUUAUGCAAAUCCAGUUAUCCCCCAAGCUUUAGCUUCUUUCUUUGUUCUUGUUUCUUAUAACACAGUUUGAAUCCAAAACUACAUAUCAGAAGCUGGUUUUUUUCUGACAGUAUUGUUUGUUGAGGUUGCCUGUUCGAUUUGCAUUGUGAAAUAUGAUGAGAAGUGAAGAAUAUGAACGAGUUUUCCGGUAUUUCGACAAAAAUGGAGAUGGGAAAAUUUCAGCGUCUGAGUUGAGCCAUAGACUGGGGCAGAUGGGUAGUGAGUUGCUGUUAAAUGAAGCAGAAGAUGCAGUGGAAGCCUUGGACUCGAAUGGGGAUGGGUUGUUGGAUUUGGAGGAUCUAAUAGAGUUGAUGGAGGAAGGUGGAGAAGAAGAAAAGCUGAAGGAUUUGAGAGAAGCUUUUGGGAUGUAUGAUGCAGAUGGAUUAGGGUUCAUCACACCCAAAGGACUCAAGAAAAUGCUCAGCAAACUUGGGGAGUCAAAGUCAGUUGAUGAAUGUAAGGUGAUGAUCAACCAAUUUGAUCUCAAUGGAGAUGGGGUUCUCAGCUUUGAGGAAUUCAGAGUAAUGAUGCAGUAAUGAUCCAUUGGCCAUCGCUGUUUCCUUUGUACCCUUUUCAUUGCUUUGUCUCUGUUGAUUCAUUUGUUCUUUGGACUCAUCGUCAUUCAUUUCACUAUAUUCUUGUAAUUACUUAUGAUUUUUUGCCAGUUAAAUAGAUAAUUCAUUCUUUUUGAAAUUUUAUUAGCUUCCAGCUUGUGAAAAUGGAUGCGAAUUCAAAUUUAGGGUUCACGUAAUUGUUUUAAGAUUUAUAAUUUUUUUCCGACCUGAUAUACAGGAAAUGGAUGCUGAUUAAUAAUCUUAAUCCGCAGUCCAGGCUUCAAGAAAGUCUCGUCUCUCGCGUUUCCAUCUUCAAAUUCAAUAUAAGUAGGCCAAA